AUGAAGGGUCGCCCCGUUGAAGAUAUCGUGUACGAGCACAUGUUCCCGAAGCUCAAGUCCAGCGAUCCCCAAAACUUCAACGCCCUUCUCCAGCGCUACCUCAUCCCCGAGGUCCGUCAGGAGACGCACGCUUUCUACGGUCACCUCGACACCCAGGAGGCCAAGUACCCCGGCCUCGACUACAACCACAAAACCCACCGGAUCCGGCUCACUCGUUGGCCGUGGCAUCGCCGUCUCAUUCGCGCCUUCAACAACCUUGGACUUACCUGCCAUGAGAUCAACAGCCUCACCAGGUGGGAGGGCACAAAGUGGGCCAAGGAGAAAUAUGAAAAGGAGCAAGGCAUCACCAUCCAUGACACCACCGACGAAGGGUUCCUGGAUGGGACCGAGCCAGCCGAUGUGGACCAACUCGCCAUGAGACUGGGCCAGAGUGUAAGUCCGGCAACGACCAUCCACGGCCUCGGCGAGCUGGAUGACGACGACGACGACGACGACGAUGACGACGACGUCGAUGACGAUGACGAUGGCGAAGGCGAAGGCGAAGACGAAGAUGACGACGCAAUCGGCAACGAAGACGGCGACGAUGACGACGAUGACGACGACGGCGACAACGACGGAAGCGACGAGGAUGUGCUCGAGAGUAUCGGCAUCGAACUCAACGAGCGGCUCCUCGUGCAGGCUGCGCGACGUGAAGCCGGCGAGACGUCGGCCGUCAUGGACGAAGAGUGGGAGCAAUGGUUCAAGCAAGUUUUCGAAACGGGCGAGCUUUCCAUGCUCACGGAGCAAAUGACGGGAACAGCAGAGAAUCCACUCGAGGGAGCUACCUCUGGCUCGUCCAGUUUCCCUGCAGACGUAAUCCCGAACAGCAUACUUAGCGCUGCCCGUGCUGGCCAGUGGUCCGAGAUUCCCGAAUUGCUCCAACCUCUUCUUCGACGCACGCUCGAGGCCGUCAACUUCGACAACAGCCCACCUCCCGACGGAUCGACUUCAUCCAACAUGUUUUCUCGCCGUACAGACGCUUGGCCCAGGCGAACCUACUCAGAUCUCCGCUUGCCGGUCGGAGACGCCUCCGCCCCUUCACCCAUCACAGAGGCAUGA